AGGACGCGGUGGAGCUGUUCGCGGGCUGGCUGCGGGGGCAGCCGCAGCUGCUGGGUCGCCUGGACGACCUGCGCGGGGCUACCCUUGCGCGCCACUGCGAGCAGACAGUGCCCUGCCACGCGGACGUGCUGCUUGCCGAGCUGGCCAAGCGCGAUGCGACUUCCUGGAGAAACUCAGCUGUCUCGCGAAGGCUUGUCAUGAAUCUUGCGAUGGCGUGCCGCAGCAAUGGCGCAGACAUGCGUACAGACGGGAGCUCUGAGGAGCACGGUAAGAUAUUCCCUCGGCAGGAGAUUGAUGCAGGCAUGUGGCACUGGCGUAAAGCUCGACAACUGGUUUGGCACGUUCCAGAGCACAUCAAUGUCAUGGAGUGCCAGGGAUGGGGAAGCGGAGUGGCCCCAUCCGAUCGGCGCGCCGCCAGAACUGGACUGGGGAAGCUGGGUGACGCUCGAAUUGGCGCUGCAACGCUUGCGAGAUAUCGUCGAGCCGCCCAGCAGUUUGUUGACUAUCUAAAUGCCAUGAACCUGCAGCUGCCUGUGACGUGGGAAGAUAUGGAUAGUACUCUCCGAGAUUACCUCGAGUAUCUUUGGGCCGAGGGUGCCACCAAAGGCCGCCUGGAGGUGCCUCAGCGUGCGCCGCCGAUGCCGCCGCUGGUUGGCAGCGCGCUGGCCGGCUGGGCGUUGGGACGCGGCGAGGUCGCGUUCGCGGCAACAGUGCUGGCGGGCUUCCACCCGUGCAUUUGGACAGGCAAAGCCCUUGGCCUCUCCAGCGGCGUCAUCCAAUUUAAGCUUUGCGGCUGCGGCGUCGCGUCGCUACCCUGGACAAAGACUGCCUGUCAGAAGGGUGCGCGCGAGACGGUGACGCUGGACGAUCCGCUCGUGGGG